AUGCCAGAGAUACUCCCCACUGCAGCAUACGCAUCUGCAGCCAUUGGCACUGCCAACUUCCCUCAAUAUCCUGUGUCUCCGCUGGACGAGAGACACACUCUUAAUGUCGUCGAUGACGAAGGCACCAUCCCACGGUACUACUUCACGCCAAGGUUCUCCACCACUUCGACAUAUCAGCCUAGUGCCGACUCUCCUCAGAGUUGCCGAGACUUCGCUCUUCCAAAGGCACCUGCGCCCUUACUCGAGAUGAUGAAGCCGUCGCCAGUCCCGUCGCCCAGAUACGCCUACCCCUCCUCGACGUACCCUGCAUCGUACCGCGCAAGCAGUGCCGACAGCGACUUCGACUCUCUGUACGACGUCACAGACGACGAAGCAGAACAAGCCUUGUCACUGAUCACGUCGCACAACCUCUCGGUGCCGGCUCGCUCGGCCGCACCUUCCCUGGACGGGAGCCUGACUUCGGAAGAGAUGGACAAGUUAAGCUGCCCCUCGACGCCUGAGACUCACAAACGCGUAAGCAUCAGCAGUGUCGACUCGUGGGCACCUGUACAGCUUGACGACCAAGCACUAGCAACCCUUCGUCACCUUUCUCGAUCACGAGACUCGUCAAGAGGUUCAUCACCGGAGCGGCAGCCAUCACGUGGCAAUGAUGGAAGCGAAGGUGAGAUGAGAGAGGUUCGCCCGAUGCUCAACUUGAGGAUUCCCUCAGGCAUCAAUCAAAAUUCAUCCGGUAACACACCAGUGUCGGCACUCUCAGUGCCUUCACCCGGUGGGUUCUUCUCAUCACUCCAGCCUACUACUCGGCAUACGUGGAGCUUGCCGAAACGCGAUGAGUCGAUUCCCAACACGUCGACGGCUGAGAAAUUUUACUCACUUCCGUGGGCAUUCCAGCGAAUGACCCCUGCCCAGCAUGCCAUUAUGCUAGCAGGCUCAACGCUCGAUGGCUUCGAUGAUGGCCUACCGACCUCUAGGCCAGUUAUGCUUGGUGAGGCCGAAGAAGCAGUGGAGGUCUCUGAGAUCCACCCAGCCAAGACGAUCUUCCAGUACAACGAGAACUACCACGUAGAACUUCAGAAGCUUUCCUCUGCAAAUAUCGAACGGACGGGUCAUUGGCUAGAGGAACAAGAAGAAUUGCAAGCUGCACUUCGAGAUAUGGACAUCAUCAGCUCCCCCCAGCCUCUCUGCAACUCUAUCGACAAGACAAUCAAGAAGUCGGUGAAGUUCGCUGAAGAGCCACUCCAAUCACCCAAGGAGGAGGAAGAACCGAAGAAGAUCGUUACAUACGUUCAGGGCUUUGAAUUCCUUCGACAGCGGACACGAAGGAUGGAUGUCUACAUCCAUCGCCAGACCCGCGCAGAGGCCAUGCAUGUGCACCGGCGAUGCAACCCCAGGUCGCAUCGAGAUCAGCUUCUGGGCAAGUUCGAACUCACCAACCCAGUACGACCAGCGCCCCCACGACCUGUGUCUGAAUUUUAUGUCAACGACCCGACCGUGCUGAAAGAACGCAUCGCUCGUGCUCAGAUGGAACGCCAGGCUCUCGACCAAAUGCUGCCAAUCUGCUGGGUCCUACAGGCACUCCGACAACUCAACGGCGGCAAACUGCUCAGCAAGCCCUCCGCUAAGAUCGUCCGCCGGACAAGCAUCCCUAAGAUCCUCGACGUCGGCGGCGUGCCAACUAACGAUUGGGCAUGGGAUGUAGCCUACGACUACCCAUACGCGACGGUUACAACAGUCUACAGCGCCGGGCACAACCUCACCUGCAACGUCACUGGACCCUCCAACCACAAGCACACCACAGUGCCCAACCUCUGGACCCUGCCCUUCCCCAGCGGCCACUUUGACGUAGUCUCCGCCCGUACCCUCCACGAGCUCCUCAAAACCGACAAGCCAUUAGGCCGCUCAAUGGACGAGUACGACCUGUGCCUGAAGGAGUGCUUCCGAUGCCUGAAGCCCGGCGGCAUCCUCGAAUUCGCACUGCUGGAUGCAGACAUCAUCCAUGCAGGGCGCCACGCCCAAGCUCUCGGCGUGGAGUUCGGCUUCAACCUCAAGACGCGCGGAUACGACGCCGCGCCUACAAAGUCCUUCCUGCCGCGUCUCCGCAAGGCUGGCUUCCGCGACGUGCAAAGGAUGUGGAUGGUUCUUCCCAUGGGCAAGACAGCAGCAAAUUGGAAAGAGACGCUGCCUGUGCUUCCUUCUAAGGCAGCCACAGAGCGGAGUAUCAGUCCUGAGGGCGAGGUCAUAGAGACGGACGCGCCCGUGUGGGGCACGACUGUUGAUGCGGCGAUGAUGACGGGGAUUGUGGGGAGUUGGUACUGGGAGAAGUGGAUGUUGAGGUUGCAAGUUGAGAUGGGCAAAGAGCAGGAGAGGUUGUUGGAGGGGGUGGUGCAGGCGCUCGAGGAAGGAGCUGGGGCAGGUAGUGGAUGGAGGUACUUGACGGGAUUUGCGAGGAAGUAG